UUACUUUUUCCCGCACUGUCGCGUAUUGACCUUCAUCUCUCGACACAGUAUAUACCCUUUUUUAAACCCUCAUUCCUUAGUUAUCAACAAAACAUCAUAUUACUCUGUAGCAUAGCUUUGUAUGUAUCAAUGGGGUUUACAAUAUCCAACAAGUUCUCAUUUUACACUCCCACACAUCUUCAAAAAAUCACUUCUUUAAACCCCCACACACAACACACACUCACACACCCAUCAAUUUUUCUCACCCCCAAGAUCAAACCCACAAAAAGUUUCAAACUUUAUCAACAAAUUUCGAUAAAGCACCCAAUUUCUGUACCUAUAAGCUGCUCAUUUUCAGCCCAGAGAGAAAUCUUGAAGUCUUUUAGUGAAAAGAUUGGAUUUUUACUUGUUGGGUCAUUUUUGUUUUUGGGGGUUCUUGGAGCUAAGCCUGUUUUAGCUCAGCAAGUUAGUUAUAGUGAGAGUACAGAGCAAAAGGAAUUGAACCAUGUUAAUGAAGAUGAGGAUGAGGAGAUGUAUUUGAAGUUGUUGGAGAAAGAGCCAAGGAAUGUUGGGGCUUUGAAAGUGUUGGUUAGUGGGAACAUGAAGAGAGGAAAUCCGAAAGAGGCGGUGAAGUAUGUCGAGAGGUUGAUCGAUGUCGAGCCUAGAGAAGUUGAGUGGAGGCUUUUGCAGGCUCUUUGUUAUGAGAUGACUGGGGAGCUGAGUAAGGCUAAGAAGCUUUUUAAGGAGAUUUUGAAGACUAGGCCCCUCUUGCUUAGAGCUUUACAUGGUUUAGCUAUGGUAAUGCACAAGAAUCUUGAAGGACCGGCUGUUUUUGAGAUGCUGAAUAAAGCUCUGGGGACUGCUCGUCGCCGCAAAAGAGUAAUCGAGGAGAGAAACAUUAGAAUACUGAUAGCUCAGAUGCAUGUUGUCAAGGGAGAGUUGGAGGAAGGUUUGAAAGUAUAUAAAGAUCUUAUUGAUGAGAACCCUACAGAUUUUCGGCCUUAUCUUUGCCAGGGAAUUGUGUACAGCUUGCUUGACAAAAAGAAGGAAGCUGAAGAGCAAUUUGAAAUAUAUCGAAGUCUUGUACCCGAAGAAUUUCCUCAAAGAGGGUUCCUUGAUGAUGUAGUAGUAGCAGCAAAAACAGAAUCAAGGCAACAGUUGGAGAAGGAAUUUGGAGCUGAAUACGUGCAUAAAAAGUGAAAAUCCGAACACACUCAGUAGCUCCUACAUCUAACUGGCUUGAUUCUUGUUUCUGCCCCUCCCUUUCCUGCACCUAGCUUGUAAAGAAUGAAUUGAACGUAAUAUAAAUCGAGUUUAAUGUGUCAGGUUGUAGUCGGUGUGUCAGGAAAUGAUGUGGUAAGAUGCUUGUCGCGAUAGAGGUCUUUAAGUAGUACUGUUCUCAUUAUGCUGUUCUGUACCACCAUAAAUCUGGGUGAUUUCUUUGUUGUUGCUUGUAAGAUAAUGCGAAAAUGGCUGGUGUGCUCAAUAUAAAGAACAAAUAUUUUCUGUCUA